AUGGGAACUGGAAGUUAUAAUGACUCCUUCAAUACAAUUCCACUCCUCACUCCCUACAAAAUGGGAGAUUUCGAUCUCUCUCACAGAGUAGUUUUAGCACCAUUAACUAGAAACAGAUCUUACAAUAAUAUUCCACAGCCACACGCAGCAGUAUAUUAUUCACAGCGAACAACCAAAGGUGGUCUCCUUAUUUCUGAAGCAACUGGAGUAUCAGAUACUGCACAAGGUGGAUUCCGAGAUGCACCUGGAGUUUGGACAAAGGAGCAAGUGGAAGCAUGGAAGCCAAUUGUAGAUGCAGUUCAUCAGAAGGGUGGAAUAUUCUUUUUGCAAAUUUGGCAUGUCGGCCGUGUCUCUAAUUAUGGUUUUCAGCCAAAUAACCAAGCUCCAAUAUCAUCAACAGACAAGGGAAUUACCCCUGGCCAUGAAGGAGGAGAGUGGUCUCCCCCUAGACGACUGAAGACAGAUGAAAUCCCUGGUGUAGUCAACGAUUUUAGGUUGGCUGCUCGCAAUGCUAUUGAAGCAGGAUUUGAUGGUGUUGAGAUUCAUGGUGCAAAUGGUUACUUAAUCGAGCAGUUUAUGAAAGAUAAAGUAAAUGAUAGAACAGAUGAAUACGGUGGGAGCUUGGAAAAUCGGUGUCGGUUUGCACUUGAAGUAGUAGAGGCAGUGGUCAAUGAGAUUGGAGCUAACAGAGUCGGGUUAAGACUGUCUCCAUAUUCUGAAUUCAUGGAGUCGGGCCACUCAAAUCCUAAUGCUUUAGGACUUUACAUGGCUAAUGCACUUAAUAAGUUCAACAUUCUCUAUCUCCACGUGGUUGAACCGAGGGUGAUGGGUGCAAGGGUGAUUCCAGGGACCGAGGAUGAAAGCCCCCAUAGACUCCUUCCAAUGAGGAAUGCUUUCAAGAAUACUUUUAUUGCUGCUGGUGGCUAUAACAGAACUAAUGGCAACAAAGCUAUUGCAGAAAAUUAUGCAGAUUUGAUUGCAUUUGGACGCCUCUUCUUGGCUAAUCCUGAUUUGCCAAGGCGAUUUGAGCUGGAUGCCCCUCUUAAUAAGUACAACAGGAGCACUUUCUACAUUUCUGAUCCCAUUAUUGGUUACACAGAUUAUCCAUUCCUUGAAGAAGCUUAG